AAGAGCGGCGGGAGCGCCCGGCUUACUGUCGCCUGGCCCAGCCUGUUCCUGCGCGCGACUGGCCGAGGACCCCGGACAGCAGAGGCCCCAGGACGACCGAGCUGAUGGCGUCUUCGACCCCUUCUUCGUCCGCAACCUCCUCGAAUGCGGGAGCGGACCCCAAUACUACCAACCUGCGCCCCACAACAUAUGACACCUGGUGCGGCGUGGCCCAUGGAUGCACCAGAAAACUGGGGCUCAAGAUCUGCGGCUUCCUGCAAAGGACCAACAGCCUGGAAGAGAAGAGCCGGCUUGUGAGCGCCUUCAAGGAGAGGCAGUCCUCCAAAAACCUGCUUUCCUGUGAAAACAGCGACAGGGAUGGACGCUUCCGGCGCACGGAGACGGACUUCUCCAACCUGUUUGCUCGAGAUCUGCUUCCGGCUAAGAACGGGGAAGAGCAAACUGUGCAGUUCCUACUGGAGGUGGUAGACAUACUCCUCAACUAUGUCCGCAAGACAUUUGAUCGCUCCACCAAGGUGCUGGACUUCCAUCACCCGCACCAGCUGCUGGAAGGCAUGGAGGGCUUCAACUUGGAGCUCUCUGACCACCCUGAGUCCCUGGAACAGAUCUUGGUUGACUGCAGAGACACCCUGAAGUAUGGGGUUCGUACAGGUCACCCUCGAUUUUUCAACCAGCUCUCCACUGGACUGGAUAUCAUUGGUUUAGCUGGCGAAUGGCUGACAUCAACUGCCAAUACCAAUAUGUUUACAUAUGAAAUUGCACCAGUAUUUGUCCUCAUGGAGCAAAUAACACUUAAGAAGAUGAGGGAGAUAGUUGGAUGGUCAAGUAAAGACGGUGAUGGGAUAUUUUCUCCUGGGGGAGCCAUCUCCAACAUGUACAGCAUCAUGGCCGCUCGCUACAAGUUCUUCCCAGAAGUUAAGACAAAGGGCAUGGCAGCUGUUCCCAAACUGGUCCUCUUCACCUCAGAACAUAGUCACUAUUCCAUAAAGAAGGCUGGAGCUGCACUUGGCUUUGGAACCGACAAUGUGAUUUUGAUAAAGUGCAAUGAAAGGGGGAAGAUAAUUCCAGCUGAUUUAGAGGCAAAAAUUCUUGAAGCCAAGCAAAAGGGAUACGUUCCCCUUUAUGUCAAUGCAACUGCUGGUACAACUGUUUAUGGAGCUUUCGAUCCCAUACAGGAGAUUGCAGAUAUAUGUGAGAAAUACAACCUGUGGCUACAUGUCGACGCUGCCUGGGGCGGUGGGCUGCUUAUGUCCAGGAAGCACCGCCACAAACUCAGUGGCAUAGAAAGGGCCAACUCAGUCACCUGGAACCCUCACAAGAUGAUGGGCGUGCUGUUGCAGUGCUCGGCCAUCCUCGUCAAGGAAAAGGGUAUACUCCAAGGAUGCAACCAGAUGUGUGCAGGAUACCUUUUCCAGCCAGACAAACAGUAUGAUGUCUCCUAUGACACUGGGGACAAGGCAAUCCAGUGUGGCCGCCACGUGGACAUUUUCAAGUUCUGGCUGAUGUGGAAAGCAAAGGGCACAGUGGGAUUUGAAAAUCAGAUCAACAAAUGCUUGGAGCUGGCUGAAUACCUCUAUGCCAAGAUUAAAAACAGAGAAGAAUUUGAGAUGGUUUUCGAUGGUGAGCCUGAGCAUACAAAUGUCUGUUUCUGGUAUAUUCCACAAAGCCUCAGGGGCAUUCCAGAUAGCCCUGAACGACGGGAAAAACUACACAGGGUGGCCCCCAAAAUCAAAGCCCUGAUGAUGGAGUCUGGCACGACCAUGGUUGGCUACCAGCCCCAGGGGGACAAGGCCAACUUUUUCCGGAUGGUCAUCUCGAACCCAGCUGCUACACAGUCCGAUAUUGACUUCCUCAUCGAGGAGAUAGAAAGACUGGGCCAGGAUCUGUAAUUGCCCUCCAUAGAACAUGAGUUCAUGGGAAUCCCCUUUCCUUCUGGCAUUCUAGAAUAACCUCUAUAAAUUGCCAAAACACAUAGGCUAUUUCACUGAGGGAAAAUAUAAUAUCUUGAAGACUACUGUUUAAACAUUACUUAAGCUUGUUCUAGUAUGUAGGAAAUAAUGUUCUUUUUAAAAAGUUGCACAUUAGGAACACAGUAUAUAUGUACAGUUAUAUAUACCUCUCUCUGUAUAUGUAUAUGUAUGUAUAGUGAGUGUGGCUUGGUGAUAGAUCACAGCAUGUGUCCCCCUCAAAGAGAAUUAACUUUACCUUCAGCAGCUACUGAGGGGCCAAACAUGCUGCAAACCUGC